CAAGACAAAUAUAAUUUCUGACAUUGACAGCGGACAAUAAACAUUAAUUACCUACGUUAUUUAAUAUUUAUUUCUUUGUUUUCUUUUUUAAUUUUGUAACAUCAAACAUUUGAUAUUUCAAAAUAAUGCCAGAUAUAAUGAACCACGAAGUUUCAGACGUCGAUUUAUCGAAGAUAGCUGCACUACAGCAGAAACGUACACUGGCCUUUGUGAACCACUUUGUUAUUACGACGGUACAAUUUCUCAAUAACUUCUCAAAAAAAUGUGAACAACGUUUAAUGCAAUUUGAGAGAAAAAUUGAAAAAAUUAACGCAACGAUGGUGCUAUUAGAGGCUAAGCUGUCCUCGAUUCCAGAACUGAAUAAUAUCACUGGAGACGAAACAAGAAUUAAUGUCAAAGAAGAGGAAUUAAAACCUAAAGAAUCCAACGAAGUGAUCGAAGAAUCCAAAAAUGAAUCAGACCAGAAAGAUAAAACGACCACUGUAGAAAAUGGUAAUACGGAGGGAACGGCAGGAGAACAUGUAGAGAAGAUUAAAAAGGAAUAUGAACGAUUUGUAAAAAUGGUACAAGUGGGAGUUCCCACGGAGGCUGUGAAAUUAAAAAUCUCUCUAGAGGGACUUGAUCCCUCAGAGUUGGACAGAAUAUUAUAUAAAUAAAUAUACCCUAUACAGACAUGUAACUUGUUGAACUUAUAUAUAUUUUUGUGCGAGACAAUAUUCAAAUAUUCAUAGUGCAAACAAGCUGCUUAUUUUGCUAAUAAAUAAUAUCUUUGAA